AUGGAGCUGCAGAACACUGUGAAAGAAGCCCUAAAUGCACUGUACCGUCACCCAGACGACGCCGUUCGCAUGCAAGCCGAUCGCUGGCUCCAAGAUUUCCAGCGCACCAUCGACGCUUGGCAGGUGAGGACUUCUAAAACUCUCAUGGGAGUCACAGUUGGUGUGAUGCUAGAGGAGAUACAAGGACUAUACAAGCUACAUUACCAGCCAUGUUUCCUUUAUCUCUCCAGUGAAGUUAUCAAGAUGUUCGGGUCUGAUCCCUCUUGUACAGACUACUUAAAGAACCUGAUUGAAUCUCUCUUUAGCCAUACAACGUGUGUGCUGACGAAAAUUCAGGACUUUACUUCCCGACCCGACAUAGUAGAUGAUUGUUUCUUGUUGGCAUCUAGAUGUAUACGAUAUUGUCCUCAAUUAUUUUUCCCAUCUCCUGUAUUUCCCUCCGUGGUGGAUUGUUCAAUGAUAGGCAUCACGGUACAACAUAGGGAGGCCUCCAAGUCCAUAUUGAAUUUCCUAUCUGAUGGACAGCGUGAUUAUCCCAAGAGGGGCCAUUAUCACCCGACUUCUGUUGCUGCUCUGACCGGGGCACUUCCAAGUUCUCGUCUAGAAACGGUAACAUAUGCUCUAUUAGCUUUGCUUCGAGCUUACGAAGUACAAGCUCUCGAGUGGGUGAAGGAGAGUGUCUCCUUAAUUCCAUCAACUGCUGUUAUGGAAGCCGAAAAAUCAAGUUUUUUGAAAGCUUUGUCAGAUGUGGCAUCUGGGGCGGCUAUCAAUGGGGUGAUAAUUCCAAUCGAAGAACUCUCUGAGGUUUGCCGUAGAAAUCGAUCAGUUCAAGAGAUUGUUCAACGAGCCUUGAGGCCCUUUGAAUUGAACAUAAUCCCUGUAUCAUAG